AUGCUUGCUAGGGCCUCUAUCUGCUCGGCCUGCAAGCGGCCAGUGCCAUUACGGCUCUGGAGACAGCCGCAGAUGCAAUAUUUGCACGCAACGCCGGCAUUGGAGCUCCCUCGCCGGAAAGAUUUCUUCUCUUCCAAUGCGCACCUGUCGCAAAAACAGCCCAGUAAGGAAGAUGGAGUUGAAAAUUUGGAGUCACAAAAACAACGCAGGCGUGCAACGAGAUCGCCAGCGGCUCCAACAUCUCUUCGCCGUGUUGCAGUGGAGGCACAAAGAUCAAAAGAGGGAUCUGCUUCCAAAGCUCAACUUAGGGAACAGGGUAUUGACCAAACCAAGAUAGUAACCGCCUACGCCGUUGCCGAGCAAUUUGACAUACGCAAAGUCCGAGACAUUUUACAAGAAAAAGGAUACGAGCCGGAUCCGUUAAACACCGGACUCUACCCACAGGUUGUUCAUGUACAGAUUCCGAUCGAUUCAAUAAGACGCGUUGGAAAUCCUUCAACAGCAGAUCUUUCGUCCGACGAAGUAGGCGACAUCUUUGUCUUCCCAUCCGGCACAGUUGUGGCAUGGGCCCUGCCCGAAGGAUUCACUUCAUUCCUAGCGACAAGAACCCUUCUCCCGGCCGCCGAGGGCGCCCAUGUGGAUGACUUGGAAACUGAAGACCUCGAGUUCGUGGAGGAUCCUAGGCGGGAGAAUAGCAGCAUCAAGGGCGAUACCAUUAUUCUAGGCACCAAGUCUGGAAGUCCCGGCCCCGAAGUCCCGAUCUCACAACAACAAUCCAUUGAUACUGUCUUGACCAAAGUUGCCUUCUCGUCUGGCCUGGCUCGCAGUACGAAAUUGGCCGUUCUUGAAACUCUCUUGUCGAACUAUUUUGAGUCGACCCGCACCAUCCCCACUCUUCUAUCCAAGGGCUCUCGUCUGCCAUAUACCCGGGAUUUCAUUCUCCGCAAGACCGGUCAACUACUCAGUGUACGCGCACAAUUGAAUCUAUACUCUGAGCUUACCGACUCUCUUCCUGAUCUCUUUUGGGACAGUCGGCAUGAGCUCGGGUUGGAGGGGUACUAUGAACAAGUGGGUCGAGCCCUUGAUGUAGGCAUUCGCAUCAAACUCUUGAAUGAGAAAAUGGACUAUGCUCAGGAGAUCGCCAGUGUACUACGCGAGCGUCUUAGUGAAACCCACGGCCUCCGACUUGAGUGGAUCAUUAUUCUUCUUAUCGCCGUCGAGGUUGGCUUUGAGGUCCUUCGACUAUGGAAGGAGAGGGUACACGAGCAAGAGGAACAAGAAAAGGCACGCAAACAAGAGACUUCGGUCAUCUGA